GGGCCGUUGACCAUAAUCACAAUAAGUUUAAAUGCAGCAAGUUUUACGUUUGACUACAUGAUCCAGUGUUCUUACAGGAAACAAACGUCUCUCCAGUUACAGACAUGGAAAUGGAAUGGAUGAAGAAGAUGGGUGAAAUAACUCACCAUACAAUCAAAACCAACGGAAUAUCGAUGCAUGUUGCAGAAAAAGGCGACGGACCUGUAGUAGUGCUCCUCCUCCAUGGCUUCCCGGAGUUCUGGUUUUCAUGGCGUCAUCAGAUCACUCACUUAAGUAACCAUGGUUACCGUGUCCUCGCACCUGACCUCCGCGGCUAUGGCGAUUCCGACUCUCCAUCCUCUCCCUCUUCCUACACCUUCUUCCACAUAGUCGGUGAUCUCAUCGGCGUUCUAGAUCACUUCAAUCAACAACAGGUGUUUGUGGUGGGACACGAUUGGGGGGCAACCGCCGCCUGGCAUCUGAGUCUUUUCCGGCCAGAUAGAGUCAGAGGAAUCGUUGCUCUCGCUAUUCCGUUGUUUCCUAGAUCCCCAAUCAGUCCAACUCAGUUAUUCACCAAAUCGUUUGGAGAUAAUUUAUACAUCUCUCAAUUCCAGGAAUUAGGAAGAGCAGAGAGGGCUUUUGCGAAAUACGAUUGCUUGACUGUAAUCAAAAAGUUUUUGCUUAUCAACGUUGGCGAUGUACUGGUAGCACCUCCUGGAGUGGAGAUUAUCGAUCACCUGCAAAUUCCUUCUUCAUUACCUCCAUGGAUUACUGAAGAUGAGCUUCAAGUGUACGCUGAUAAGUUUCAGGAGACUGGAUUCACUGGAGCUUUAAAUUACUAUCGUGCCAUGGAUCUGACGUGGGAACUGGAAGCGCCAUGGCAAGGGGCAAAGAUCAAAGUUCCAUCGAAGCUGAUUAUUGGAGACGAAGAUAUUGGAUUUGAAAGCUGGACGAAGGAAUAUGUUGAGGGAGAUGUUAUGAAAGAACUGAUUCCUGAUGUUGAAGUUGUGAUUAUCGAAGGCCACCAUUUUAUUCAACAAGAGAAGCAUCAAGAGGUUUCUGAUCACAUCUUAUCGUUCCUACACAAACUUGCAUGAGUUUGGGUUCUAGGAUCUGUAUACUCUGAUAGUAUUAGUAUACAGAGAGUAUUACUCUCUCUACCACUAAAAAACAAUAUCAAAGCAUAAUAAAUAGUAAUAAAUAAGCUCAUGGACUCCACUUGUUAUUAUUUAUGUAUUAAUUAUGAAAUUGAAAAUUUCGUUAAUUCUUAUUA